AUGUCUAGCGUAGAUAGUAAUACAGAUAAUCUCACAACACAUUCCUAUACAGAAGAAAGUGAUAAUGAACAAUAUUCCGCAAAUGUAAAUAUUAUGAAAACAAAUAAUCAAUUACGGGAACUUCAUACACUUAUACGUGAUCGUGCAACUUCUCGAAGCGAUUUUAAAUUUUAUGCUGAUCGUCUUAUACGUUUAACUGUUGAGGCUGCAUUGAAUCAAUUAUCGUAUUUACCUUGUGAGAUUAUAACACCAACUGGUCAUUGUUUUGAGGGUUUACGUCAUGAAAAAGGAAUCUUAUGUGUAUCAUUAAUGAGAAGUGGAGAAGCUAUGGAAAAAGGCAUUCGUGAAUGUUGCCGGUAA